ACGGCGGGGACAGACGCGGGAGGCCCCGCGGGAGCCACCGCCGCCCGCGCAGCCCCAGCGGUUAGAAGCCCCGGUGGCGUCCCCCGCGGUGGUCCCCGCGCCCUCGGUGCCCUCAGUACCGCCGCCGUCGCGGGCCAGGGAGAGCUCCGAGCUGCCGCUGCCCGCCGGCUGGGAGGAGGCGCGCGACUAUGAUGGACGCGUCUUCUACAUCGACCACAACACGCGCCAGACGUCGUGGAUCGACCCUCGAGAUCGAAUAACAAAGCCAUUGACCUUUGCUGAUUGUGUUGGGGAUGAACUUCCUUUAGGAUGGGAAACUGUGUAUGAUAAACAAAUCGGAAUUUAUUAUAUGGACCACAUAAAUAAGCUGACCCAGAUUGAGGAUCCAAGAGAGCAGUGGAGACGAGAACAGGAACGGAUGCUGAAGGAGUAUUUAAUUGUAGCCCAGGAGGCCCUCAAUGCCAAGAAAGAAAUCUACCAGAUCAAGCAGCAGCGGUUCGAGCUGGCACAGGAGGAGUAUCAGCAGCUGCACAAACUCUGCGAGGAUGACGGCCGCUCAUAUGCUAGCUCUUUUUCUGGAUAUUCAACAAAUACGAAGUAUGACCCACACCAAAUUAAAGCAGAAAUAGCAAGUCGCCGGGAUAGGCUUUCCAGAUUAAAGCGAGAGCUGACCCAGAUGAAACAGGAACUGCAGUACAAAGAAAAAGGCGUAGAGACACUACAAGAGAUUGAUCGGAAGAUGUCAAGUGCUCACACUAACUACAAACUGGAUGAGGCUCAGGCUAUAAUGAGUGAGCUUCACACCAUCAAAAAAGCUAUUUAUACUGGCGAGAAGGAGCGGCGGGACCUCAUGCAGAGCCUGGCCAAGCUUACUGACAGCUUCAAGAAUAGCUGCUCCAUCACUGACUCUCUGCAAGAUUUCCCUCACAGUGCAGGCACGCAUGGCAACUCCAGCACCGCUCAGCAGUUCUGUGAUACCGGCUCUCAGACCGAUGCCAUGGGGGAGUUUGUCUUUGAUGAUAAAACAAGACUGGUAGACCGAGUCAGACUUAACUGGCAAUAUGAGGAAGCCCGAAAGAGAGUCUCCAGUAUUCAGCAGCAGCUGGCUCAGCUUGCUAAUGAGUCAUGGCCAGGCAUGGCAGAGGCUGACAGAGACCGGCUGCAGCUCAUCAAAGAGAAGGAGGCUCUGCUUCAAGAGCUGCAGCUUAUCAUUCAGCAGCGAAGGUCGACAGAAGACAUGGCCCGAUUGGAGGAGGAGAGGAGGCGCCUGGAGGAGGAGAUUCAGCGUGCACGAGCCACAUCUGCACAGGGUGCCACGGAAAGGAUUCUCCUUCAGGAAAAAAGAAAUUGUCUGCUUAUGCAGCUGGAGGAAGCUACCCGCUUAACAUCCUAUCUCCAGUCUCAGUUAAAAAGCCUGUCUGCCAGCACCCUGACGGUGUCCUCUGGGAGUAGCCGUGGCUCGCUGGCCUCCAGCCGGGGUUCUCUGGCUUCCAGCCGUGGUUCUCUGAGCUCAGUCAGCUUCACAGACAUCUAUGGCCUUCCACAGUACGAGAAGGCCGACGCCGAAUGUGGCCAGCUUCUGCGCUUUGAUCUCAUUCCCUUUGAUUCUCUGGGACGAGAUGUCCCCUUCUCAGACCCACCGGGCCACUCAGGCUUCCACAAACAGAGGCGAUCUCUGGACACUCCCCAGUCCCUAGCGUCACUGUCCUCCCGCUCCUCCCUGUCUUCCCUGUCACCCCCCAGCUCUCCCUUGGACACACCCUUCCUCCCAGCUUCACGAGACUCUCCUCUGGCACAGUUGGCAGAUGGCUUUGAGGUGCCAGGCCUGGGCUCCCUGGACAGACUGCGAGCACAGGCCUCUGCUUUAGGAGAUGAAGACUUGCAGGGUACAGUGUCGCUUCAGCCACAUGGAUUCUCUGCGGACGGGGAAGGACCUCGUGAACGGGGACCCCAAAUGUCCAGUGCCCCCACCAGUGGAACAGUGACACUCCGGGAAGACAGUGCAAAGAGGUUGGAGAGGAGAGCGCGCCGGGUCUCUGCUUGCCUAUCUGAUUACUCGUUAGCCAGUGAUAGCGGAGUCUUUGAACCUCUAAGCAAAAGGAAUGAAGACACUGAAGAGUCUGCUUUUGGAGACAUGUGCAGUAGCAAUGAUCCCCAGAUCCACGUAGGAUUUUUGUAUGACAGUGCCAACGAAUGUCUCCUUGUGCAUGUUCUACAACUGAGAAAUUUUGCUGGACUGCUCAUAAAAGAAGAGUGCAAGAUCCACAUCCGUGUCUACCUGCCCCCGCUCGACUCUGGCACUCCCAACACCUACUGCUCGAAGGCUCUGGAAUUCCAAGCCCCGCUGGUGUUUAAUGAAGUGUUCAGAAUCCCUGUGCAUUCCAGCAUGUUGACGUUGAAGUCACUUCAGUUAUAUGUGUGUUCAGUGAAUCUGCAGCUGCAGGAAGAACUGCUGGGCAUUGCUCAGAUAAACUUGGCCGACUGUGACAGUUCCAGUGACAUGCAGCUGCGCUGGUACUCUGUACAGGUCUUUGCCAGCUCGGAGCCCCCAAGGCCGAGGGAACCUGUGCGGGUUGCUGAGAGUGCUACACGGGGCCCCACACUUGCUGGCCUGGGAAAGACGGACGCAGUGACAGUGCUGCUGGCCCGAACCACAGCUCAGCUGCAAGCAGUGGAGAGGGAGCUGGCUGAGGAGCGGGUGAAGCUGGAGUAUACUGAGGAAGAGAUCCUGGAGAUAGAGCAGAAGGAGGAGCAGGCUGAAGCUGUGUCUGAGAGGAGUUGGCAGGCUGACUCAGUUGACAGUGGCUGUAGCAACUGCACCCAGACCAGCCCCUCGUACCCAGAGCCCUGUUGUGUUGGUGUCGACUCCAUCCACGGACACACAUUUGCUGGCCUGGCCGAUCCUUACAACCCUGUGAAACUUCAGACACCGCCACUAAAGGUUGACAAGGAAACCACCACAGAAGAUCUCUUCCCAGAAGAAGCCAUGAGCAUUAUAAAGGAGCGGCCUAGCCGUCGGGUCCGAGGCUCGCCCUUUGUUCGGAGUAGCACCAUCGUUCGCUCGCAGACUUUCUCUCCUGGAGCACGAAGCCAAUAUGUUUGCAGACUUUAUCGAAGUGACAGUGACAGUUCAACACUGCCCCGGAAAUCCCCUUUUGUCCGAAAUACUUUGGAAAGACGAACACUUCGCUAUAAACAGUCCUGCAGGUCUUCUCUGGCCGAGCUCAUGGCUCGCACCUCCCUAGACCUGGAGCUGGAUCUCCAGGCAUCAAGGACACGGCAGAGACAGCUGAAUGAAGAGAUCUGUGCUCUCCGGGAACUGAGGCAGCGCUUAGAAGAUGCACAGGUCCGAGGCCAGACUGACCUCCCACACUGGGUGCUCUGGGAUGAGCGAUUCCGCAACCUGCUGAAGGAAGCGGAGCGGCAGACCAGACAGAGCAAACUUGACUACCAUCAAGAACAAGCAGCUGAGAAGAUGCUGAAGAAGGCCUCCAAAGAGAUCUACCAACUGCGAGGGCAAAACCACAAAGAGCCCAUCCAAGUGCAGACCUUUAGGGAGAAGAUAGCAUUUUUUACAAGACCAAGGAUUAACAUACCUCCUCUCCCAGCUGAUGAUGUUUGAUGUAGAGCGUUAUACACAGGAAGUAUUUAUCUGCCUGAUUUAUUUUCAUGAAUUUCUUAGAUUAGCUAAAUUUGUCUUUAAAAUAUUUGUGCAAAAGCUAUUAAUAUACACAUUUUGUAAAAAACCCAUAUAUCUAUUCAUAUAUAUUUUAUAAUAGUGACGACAACAGGGCUUGGUUUUUCCUUGUUGUGAAAUUGACAUCUCUGAAGACAGGUUAUUUUAUAAAAGAUCAACUAUCAUGUUAAGAGUGUACAGUUUUUAUGCUGUUUUAUUUGACUUAAAGGCUGGAAGACAGAAACGAAGUGAGUUCAGGCAAAUUCACUGUAUUGUAAUUUAUUUAUAGUACUUUUUUUCCUUGAAGGAAAAUACUGACUUUAAGAUGUAUUUUAAGACUGAAAUUUUGUUCUUCCGUAUUUGUCAUGCAGUAGAAUGGAACUUGGGGCCGGUCUUGUUUCUGACACCUGAAACGCAAACACUAUGUGCUAAAUGUGUUACUUGUAUCAGUUUCUCACAGAUUCAUUUACCGUGUGUAUCGUACACUCUCACUCUCUGUGUGUUAGGUUAAAAUGUCAUCUGUAAUAGUUCAGUUGUAAUUCGCAGGCUGUGUCCACAAGCUGUGUAUGCAUUGCAGGGCUCAGUGUCUGCUGUGUACUGGCCACUGCUGGCUCUCAUCGCUGUGUUGUCGUCUAAUGCAUCUUUCUGUGCUUGCCACGAGUCUGAAGCUUGGUGACAGAGCCUUCAGCAUCCCAAGUUUCAGUCUGCUUGUCUAUGGUGGCCAAUGGCCGAUCAUACUGCCUGGGCUCCUUAGAGCAUGUGCAGCUGGCCUUGGCCGCCUCUGGCUGAUGGAUAGAUGAGCAGGGUGGGAGUGGUCUCCUGCUCUCUACUACUGUUUCAUGAAGGGAAGUGGAGAGGGAACUCAGUGUGUACAUUUCCAGUAAGCUGAGGGUAAAUGCGGUGAUUAAUAUGGCAGAGACGUAACUCUGAAGGUGCUUUUGUGUAUGUGUGGAGAGAAGGACAUAUAGGUAACUGGACUUACCCAGGUAAUCACUUCCAGAAAUCUAUCUAAUUAAAUCAGAAUACCUCCCAUAUUGAAGCCUUCCCAUUAGUUCUCACAAAAUCAUAAUACUAGCUCAUGAAGAAAAAAAUGAUAAUGUAAUAAAAUAUGCCAUGAUUCUUUUAAAUGUCAAAUGAUACAGUUUGCCUGGCACAUACUUACUUCAGAUGAAAUGUGCUCUUCUUUCUGAGGCCUUGAAGGAGUAAAUGAAGUGGUCACAAGAAAUGUCAAAGAAAACAGAACUCUCUUCCUAGAUCUUUCUUCCCCUCCUGCAGAAAUGCCCCUUUUAAUCAGGUCUCUCAUAUCAAUCUGUAACCUCCCUCCUUGUAUAACCCACUUUCCUUGUUAGAGUUAUUAAAAUUGAAUUUUGUAAAAGCAUUUCAUUGAUAAGACCAAUCACGGACAAUUGAAUUUGUCAGUGAUGGCAAGACUGAAAAUUGUAUGCUUUUAAUGGUUGCCAUCUCUUGCUAUGCAUUCCUGAUUCUUGCUUUUAGUCUUGCUUUUUUGGCCUGUUUUUUUGUUUUUGUUUUGUUAUGUUUUUUGCUAAUUCCUUUUUGUUUGAACCCACAAUAGAGGUAGAGACCCAAAGCAUCUAUAUCCUCAUGAGAACCGUUGAGCAGGCCCUCUGUCUUUGCCCCCAGUAGCUGAUGCUGGAGUGUGCACAGAGUAGAUUGUUUGGAGUCCCACGUGGCAGGGCUUUUACAGCGUCUAAGGGUUGGUGGGUGAAGCAGCUUUUUUGCCAUCCCUUGUUGAGAAGCUCACUGUGCAUUCAGGAAGCUGAGACAGGUGUCUUCUACGGAGCACCACUGCUCCCUCUGCACAGGUGUCUGUAUGGUGUGCCCCCUCCGCCCCUCCCUCCACCGUCCAGGCAGCACACACCGCACCUGCUUCCCAGCUAGGGGCAGCAAGGAACACGUGGGCUUGCCACCUUUUGCCUUGUCUUCCCCUGCCUCCAAGCCUGAGUUGCUGGGUGGCCUUGAAAUCUGAGUGGAAUGGAAGCAAGGAGAAAACACGCAAGCGCUUGAAGGCUGGGAGAAAGGCAGUACUGUACGCAUGUGCAGCACCGGCGAUUGGUCUGAGCAGGCAGGAGAACAUGUAACAUCCGCAUUGCUUCUCACUCAUGACGGGGCUGGCUUGGCCGAAAACACUGCACACAUCAGACAAGUGAAAGCCUAUGGGCUCGGGGGGUUCUACCCGCGCUUCCAACUUGUGUAUGUACUGCCUCGUGGAAAAAGGACCUGCUGCUUUCUAAGCAGUUCUGGUUCACAAAUGCUGGCAUUCUGUCACCAGGGUUGGUAGAAAUAGCACUCUGUGUAAAAGGGAAUUUGGUUUUUCACAUUAUCUAAUCACUCAUUGUCGGGCUUUGGUGGUGAUCUCUGAAAUUAAUCUUCUGUUGUGGGAAUAAAUUAUAAUCAGUACUCAUCUCUGUUUUUGUCCCUGUUCUCUCUGAUCUUUGUCAUUUGUAUUGUUUGAAAGUAUUUCUUCUAUAAAAUUAAACUAACCUGCCUUAAGAACAAAA